AUGGACAACUAUAGAAGCGGGGAAAAUCGUACUAACGAGAUGAUUCAAGCACAGAUGUGGUUCGGUGCAACCAAGGGUGGCAAAAAAAGUUUCAACCAUCAUGAAUGUUGGGAGGUGGUGAAAUAUUGCAAACGCUUCAUAAUUAUUCCCAUGGGUCCCGCCGUUGUGUUAAACGAGACGCCACUCCGUGAUUCCCCUAUGAGUCAAGACUCACCCAUCGAAAAGGAUAUGAGGUAUUAA